UUUGGGCAGCCAUGAAGAUCGACAUGACAGCCCCCGUGACCACGCUGGUCAUCCCCGGAGAAGGACCCAACUGCGAGAACAACUUCACCAUGAGCUUCUACGUCCCCGCCGCCCACCAAGACAACCCGCCCACGCCCACCAACCCUGACGUGUACAUCGAAGAGCGACCGGAACUGCACGUGUUCUCCAGGAGGUUCCACGGGUUCGCCAGCGACGAGGACUGGAUCGUCAACGCCGCGCAGCUUCACGACGACCUGGUGGCAGCUGGCGAGGUGGGCGUCGACUUCCAGACCUACUACACUGCUGGCUACGACUCUCCCUACGUUAUCAUCGGUCGCAACAACGAAGUCUGGUUCAUGAAGAAUGACAUGAAUUGAUCCUCACUUACUUUAUGUCAACUUAUUUAUUAUUUAUUGGUAUUAUUAGAGAUAUGCAAACAUAAACAUACACUUACUGAAGAAAGAAUCUUUUUUUAUCCUCAUGUAUAAUGAGACUAAUGCAUAACGCAACCUAUUUAAAUGUAAAGAUGUUCAGAAAAGCAUUAAUUUAGAAGUAGGAGAUUCAGUGAAAGGGGUUACUAUACUUGUCACAGUAAUUUUGCAUCCUAAACACUAUUUGUUUGGUGGUAUGUGGACCUACAGAAGAGCUAGUGGUUCUUCACUAGCAAUUUGUUUCUCAAUCGACUUUUUACUUUUGACUGUUCAUCGAACAGACAAGCAGAAAUAUAAGAUUACUCACGUUUGUAAUGACUGAAAUAUUCACAGUUAAAAUACUUAUAUGCAGUUAA